GGCUCCCAGGCAGUGAAGGUACAGCCGAGGCGCAGCAUCGGCCCAUCGGGUCUCGCCCUCUCGCCUCGUGGCCCCACGUCCUCAAAUCCCCGACCGUCGGCCAUGCAGCCCCGCUGCCCCCAGUGCCACCCCUAAGGGCAUCGGAGCUGCCCGCGCCUGCAGCCCCGCACCGCGACACGGCCGCAGCAGUGCCAGGACGCCGGGGAUGGAGCAAGCAUUCCCCCUCAGCUGAACCAUGACUGAAGAGCCCGUGCGGAAGGACAGUGAGAUCAGACGGUCCAACUCCAUGGGCUGCGGAUCCAAGGAUGACAAAGCCAGCCUGGCUUCCAACCCGACGAUGUCCCUCAGCCCACAGCCCCACCAGCCCUCCGCUCCAGGCUCCAAGGAGGUGUGGAAGAAGGGCGGCCGCAUGUUUUCCAUCCUGCUGGCCGUGCACUUAGCCCUGCUGGCUUGCACGCUGGUGAGCAGUGGGGCUUUUGAGAGAAUUGCCGUGCACGAUUACGAUGUCUUUUUCCUGCUGACUGUCAUGAUGCUGAUAGUCGUCAUAUGGAUUAUCUUCUACCUCGUCAGCACCUCCCGGUGCCCAGAUGCCAUCCUCUGCAAAGACUCCCAUGCUGGACCCAUCUGGCUGAGAGGAGGCCUGAUCCUAUUUGCUAUUUUCAGUCUCGUCAUGGAUGUGUUCAAAAUAGGAUAUUACUCCAGUUUCUACAGCUGCCUGUCUGCAAUCAAAAUAAUGUACCCCAUCGUGCAAGCAAUAUUCGUGGUUGUACAGACAUACUUCCUGUGGAUCUCUGCCAAAGACUGUGUCCACGUACACCUGAACGUUACCAGGUGUGGCUUGAUGCUAACUCUGACCACAAACUUAGCGGUGUGGAUGUCAGCGGUGACAGACGAAUCUGUUCACAAAGCGCAUUCAAAGCUGAAGAAAAACACAACGGAGGAGCUGUUCAGGUGGCUCCUGAAAGUGGGAAUGAGAAGUGACUCAACAGAAGCAUGCAAUUGCAACAGCCAAAUCUGCCAGAUCUUCAAGAACGGCUACUUCUGGCUGUACCCCUUCAACAUCGAGUACAGCCUGUUCGCCUCCGCCAUGGUUUACGUCAUGUGGAAGAACGUCGGGCGCUUUAUAGACCACCACUCCCACCACGUCCAGCACCUGAAGUUCAAGCUCUUCCGAAGAACCUUCUUUGUGGGCAUCGUGCUGGGCCUCAUCAUUCUGGUGGGCGGCUUGGGGGUCCUUAUCGUUUAUGAGGUGCAAGUAAAUUCCAGCACCGAGCCCAGCAAGAAGAGCCAAGCGCUCACCAUGUACUACAUCUUCAACAUUGUUUGUCUGGGCCUGAUGUCCCUUGUCUGCAUUGGAGGCUCUGUCAUCUACCGCUUCGACAAGAGAGACAUGGACCGGCACAAGAACCCGACGCGGACGCUGGACGUGGCGCUGCUGAUGGGGGCUGCCCUGGGGCAGUACGCCAUUUCUUACUACUCCAUCGUAGCCAUCGUGGCCAGCACGCCAAGGGACGCCAUCAGCGCGCUCAACCUCACUUACGCCCUCCUCAUGAUCGCCCAGCACACUUUCCAGAACAUCUUCAUCAUUGAAGGCCUUCAUCGGCAGCCCCCCAAGGAGGACCACAAGCACAGCUCUCCCCAGAAGGAGCUCUACGGUCUCACCUUUGUCAACGUCAGCGCGGUGUCCCUGCGGGUGCCCGACAGUGGCAGCGCGUCGGCACCGAACCCCGCACCCAGCACUGAGGGCAGCCAUCCUUCCGACCUCGUGCGGUCCCUCAUGGCCCCCAAGAAGAUCAACUGGCGGAGGAAGCUCUUAAGGGAGAUCUCCAUGUUCCUCCUGCUGUGCAACAUCAUACUCUGGAUCAUGCCAGCAUUCGGCGCCCGGCCCCACUUUGACAAUGACACAGAACUGAACUUCUAUGGUGAUUCCAUGUGGCCGGCCAUCGUGGACAUUUGCCUGCCCUUUGGGAUCUUCUACCGAAUGCACGCAGUGGCCAGUUUGCUGGAGGUCUGCAUCAUGUCCUGA